AUGGCCGCCAAGGAUGGCAGCUUCCAUUUUCUUCUGCUGAAGGACCGGAAGACGUGUUACGUGUGGGUGAGACCAGUCACCAAGAAUAGCAACGUCCUGGAAGUGUUUAAGCAGUGGCUGCUGGUCGUGGAGAGGCAAACCAAGAAGUCGGUGAUGAUGCUCCGCUUUGACCACGGAGGCGAGUUCCUGGGGAAGGACUUCGUCGGCAAAGGCAUCGUCCACGACCUGACCUGUCCGUACACUCCGCAGCAGAACGGCAUGGCGGAGAGGGAGAUGCGGAUGGUCUUUGAGGCCGUGCGGAUGAUGCUGCGGCACAUGGGCGUGCAGCACCACUGGUGGCAUCUCGCCCUGCGGCAUGCUGUCUGGGUGCGCAACUGCUUGGAGCGAUCGACGCUUCCGCAGGGGACGACGCCGCACCAGCUGUUGACGGGCAAGAAGCUCGACCUGACAAUGGCGAGGGUGUGGGGUUGCAUGGUGCAGUUCAUGGGAUGGGAAGUGCUCGACCUGACAGACAACAAGCUGGUCACAACGGUCGAGACCAUCUUCUACGAGACGAUGUCUCUGGAGGUGUGGAAGGUGACGCAUGGGCCAUCAUCGGCACAUGCGCAGACCCACUCUUCGACGGACUCCUCGACGGCGACAUUCUCACUGCUUGCCAAGGUCGACGAGGCUGCUGACGAAGACUCCGAGGAUGCCUAUCCUUCUCCUCCUCCUAUCCCUACUGCACCACCUCUUGUCGCCAACUUGCCUGAGCCGACACCUUCGUCAGCCACCGGCGACGAGGGGAGCCUGCUGACAUUGCCAAUGGCACCGUCCAGUCGCGUCGCCAGCGGCCGACGUGAUGUCAAGCUCGUCAACGAGGGUGCGAAGACGACGAAGGGGAGUUGUCUGCAGGGGAGCAGUCCACUGACAGCGAUGUGGUGGAAGUCAAAGCAGCCGAGCGUCCGCAGCGACGUUCCACUCGUGUCAACUUUGGCAAGCUUCGCAAGAAGGUGA